AUGGCUAGACAAAGAAGAUCCGCUCCAACUCAAAGAUCCCAAUCCAGAUCGGCCCACACUGCCAGUGCUGCUCCAUACCAAUCAGCCCCAGCUGCGUCCCGUCCUGUUCAACAAAGCCAACAAGGACCAGGUUUAUUUGGACAAAUGGCCUCCACAGCAGCUGGUGUUGCCGUCGGUUCUACUAUUGGACAUACAUUAGGUGCUGGUAUAACCUCUAUGUUCGGAGGUUCAUCAUCUGCGGCUCCAGUUGAACAUGACCAACAACAACUUGCCCAAGCUGGUCAACAACUGCAAUACCAAGAACAAGCCAGACACUGUGAUGCUGACGCCAGAAACUUCACCAGAUGUUUAGAAGAAAAUAGCGGUAACAUGCAAACCUGUGAAUACUACUUGCAACAAUUAAAGGCUUGUCAAGAGGCUGCUAGACCAUAUUAG